UAUUAACAAGGUCGAGGAAAAACAAAUAAAACAACACAAAAAAACCCACUCCCCCCAUCCUUAAAAAACGGAAUGCUCCUUAAAUCAUAUCGAAAGAGAGAGAAAAUAAAUUUCCAAUCAAGGGUUUAAAUAGAAUUCAUAUAAGUGUUGUUUCUCAUGAAUUCUGAAUUAACUCACAGACUAAGCAGGUUGUAACGUCGUUUCAACCCUGGCAUUUCAUGUCAGCUCGGGCUCUUGCUAAUAAAGUUACGGUUACCUUUUAUUAUUUAAAAAUACAGCUCCGGUGUUGUCCCGAAAUCAUAAUUUAAAUGGUAAAAACGACAAUAGUAAUAUUUCUUUAAGUUUCGAAGUAUACGCCUUGUUCAACCGAGCGCCAGUUUAUUGUAGGAUGGUGUGCUACCUCUUUGUUUGAAAUUGAUUUAUAAUAAAUUCGUUGAUACAAAUCACUCCCUUUCUUUCCUAAUUAGAAGAAGACCGUCAAAGAAAUAACAUUACAUUAUUUCUCUGGUUGUUUUGUCAAAGGGAAAUUUUUAAUUUACAAAGAAAAACAAUGUUCUCUCUCUCGAGGUCCAUGCAGCUUCAGUACUCAGGGUUUAUAAUCUUUUCUUUAAUGGAAUUUCAUUAUUUUCUGAAGGAAACACUAACGGAUGAAAAUACCCUGUUUCAAAUUCAUAUAUUUGAGAAAAGGGACAGUUUGGUGGCGAAUAUUGUGCAAAAAAUACACUUUAUUGAGUCCGAAGAAACACAAAAUGAGAGGAGAAAAGAGCCCUUUCUGGUUUGCAGCUGGGCGGGCUCUUUAAUGCACCAAUCAGACAGUGACCCCUCCCUAUAAAUAACAGGCAUCAGACUAGUUCGCUUCAGUUUAUAUUUUUCCUGUUUUGUAACGUGUCUGUGACCAUGUCUGAAACUGCACCUGUAGUUGCAGCAGCAGCAGCUGCCCCUGCUCCAGCCUCUAAGGCUCCAGCCAAAAAGGCAAAGAAGGCGGCUGGGGGUUCGAAACUCCGGAAGCCCUCAGGCCCCAGCGUGACCGAGCUGAUCACUAAGGAAGUGUCAGUCUCUAAGGAGCGCAAAGGGCUCUCUUUGGCUGCUCUUAAGAAAGCUUUGGCAGCUGGCGGGUACGAUGUAGAAAAGAACAAUAGUCGUAUUAAGCUGGGGCUGAAAAGCCUGGUGAGCAAAGGUAUUUUGGUGCAGACUAAAGGUACUGGUGCUUCUGGUUCCUUCAAACUCAACAAGAAGCCGGGUGAGAUCAAGGAAAAGGCUCCCAAGAAAAAGCCAGCAGCAAAGCCGAAGAAACCAGCUGCCAAGAAACCCGCCAGCGCCGCUAAGAAGCCCAAAAAGGCUGCGGCCGUGAAAAAGAGCCCUAAAAAAGCCAAGAAACCAGCGGCUUCCGCGGCCAAGAAAGCGGCCAAGAGCCCGAAAAAGGCCAAACCCGCCAAGCCUAAAAAGGCAGCCAAGAGCCCGGCUAAGGCCAAGGCGGUGAAGCCCAAGGCUGCCAAGCCCAAGCUGACCAAACCCAAAGCAGGAAAGGCUAAGAAGGCAGCACCCAAGAAGAAGUAAAGCUGUUUGAAGAGAAAAUUCGAAUCUCGUGCAAACAAACCCAACGGCUCUUUUAAGAGCCACCCAUCCCUUCCCCAAGGAGCUGAAACACCUAGUAUAUUGUGCAUCAAAGGUUGCUUGGUGGAGGACCUGCCCUAGCAGUUUUUUUUAACCUUUUAUAACAUUCCAAAACCUAACCUCAUUUUCUGUAUAGUUUAAGAAACCAA